GACCUUGUGUGGUAAGUGGGUGAUUGAUGGGUCUAAGCUUUGGGACGAAACUAAGGACCAUGCUGAAUGGAGUGACGCCUUCAUCGCUGAGGCUUUUCGACGACCCGAUGUAAGCCACCGACCUGCCCCUCUACGCUACGUUGACCCCCCGCACAUUAAAGAGCUCAUCGGACGUAGGAAGAGUAGUCAAGACUCCUGGACCCGAGCGGCCUUCAUGCAGGAGAUCCACCAGCUCCGAAUUGAGGCUAAAGCACAACAUAAGGAGGAACUCCUCAGGUCAGCUCGCUCGGGGGACUGCCGGGCGAUUGCUCACAUGCGCUCCAGUGCGGCCGGGGGCCAGAGUGAGGGCUCCUAUGUUCAACGGGCUGGGGGCAAGGACCAGGCGGCCACCCAGCUCUUCUCCUUCUACCAGUCUAAGUACUCGGCUCCUCCGGAACUAUGUCCCCCCCCCUGUCAGGUCCAAACACUGGCGGAUCGGAGCAGAGAUAUGCCGGUAGCAAGUGUUACCUUGGAAGAAAUUCAGCAAGCCCUCCAAGGGGCUAGGCAUGGAGUUAGCGCCGGCCUCGAUGGGGUCACUUAUGAGGGUAUCCAAUAUCUACUCCAGCAGGACAAGCAGGGGCGGAUUCCGUGCUACUUCACUAAGCUGAUCCAAGGGGAUCAACCACUCCCCGAAUCAUGGAAGAAAGGAGUGCAAGCAGCAGAUGGGGUCAUGGCAGCUCAGAGCACGAUGCAACUGCUAAGACAGGUGAAGGGAUCGGCAUAUGUUGCCAAAAUAGACAUAAGAGCGGCGUUUGACAGCCUUAGCCAGGCAGCCGUCUUGGCGUGGCUGCUCAGGUGCCAACCGGCUAAGGAAUGCGACGUCCUCUACAAGCUCCUCAGCGGUACAAGGGUUGAGCUGUCUCUGGCGGGGCAGACCCGCAGCAUCGACCUUUGUCGGGGGCUUAUGCAGGGUACUGCAUACUCAGCCGAUGUCUUCUCUCGAGUCAUGGACUUCUUCCUUUCUCCCUUGUCUGACCGUUUUGAUGAACUUUUUCCGGGUUGGACAUGUCCCAAUCUGGGCCUUCCGCAUUUCAUCAUUUACGCCGACGACAUUAUGUUGUUUGCGGACACGCCUGUUGCUCUUCAGUUUAAGCUUCAGGAGGUAGUUGACGUCCUGUCCACCAUAGGAAUUUGGCUACGAGGCCGAGCGUUGCCUCUGCAAGUAGAGAGUGCCCUGGUCUUCCUCGGCAUUCCUCUGGCCCAUACCAAUAAUGUGCAAAGCAUCAUGUCGCACCUCAUGCGAAGGACUAGCAAUGCGUAUUAUGGUUUCAAAAGAAUUAUGGAUGCGGGUGAAGCCCCCAUCUCGGUGCGCCUGCACAUCUUUGAGACGUUCAUAACGGCUAAAUGGGCGUGGGCCUCCCCUCUUAUGGUACCGACCCGUACCAUGCUCCGGCGCCUGGAGGAUGCGGAGGGACUCGCGACCUUCGAGUAUCUGUAUGACUUCUUCGAGGAGCCCUAUGGAGUUGCUAUGUUGGCCUACAAGGUUCUCGGAAUUUGCGAGCAUUUUCGACAAGCAGCUAGCGUCGUUUUGCCCCCACAAUACCUGCACCGAGCCGUCUUCCAUCGACAUGCCUACUUUUGUGACGGUGCCCAGCAACUUGCGGAUGCGCUUCGGGACAGUUGUCCCCUGUUUAGGUAG